ACCCUAAGAAAUAGAUGUGGUUCGAGCUGUCCCUGAGAAUUUUGAGUGUGAAGGGGAUUGAGAAAGCUUCUCUUUUUAGGUGUACCGGAAUUUCAGAGCUCAUAUUCCAGUCAGGUUUAAUAAGGCAGACCAACUUGAAUGUGGUGUUCUUAUGGGUUUACGGAUUUGGAUUUUUGAGUUGUAUUAUGCAAUUGUUAGACUUCUGAGUGGUUACUGGUACUUCAUUUUAUUUUCAGCUUUUGAUUUGUACAGAUUCCCUUUAGUCAUUUGUUUGUCAUACAUACACAAGCUAGCUACACCUUUUUCUAUCAUACAGUUGCGAGACAGUGUAGCAUCUUCCAGUUUCCAUUAUCUUUCUCCAGCACAUGAGCUGUCAUUAAGGGUUCGUUCAAGGAAAAAGCAGUAUAAUACCAACUUAGAGUGUAUCAAGAGAAGAGAAGAGUCUGGCAGUUUCACAACCCAUAAUGAUUAAACUCUUUGAUUCUCAUUGCCACCUCCAAGAUCCAAAGAUCCUUAAUAUGGUCCCAAAAAUUAUUAAGACCACGACUGAAACAGGAGUUGUCCAUUUUGCUGUCAAUGGCCUGUCAGAGAAAGAUUGGCAUUUGGUCAAGGAAAUGAGUGAAUGCUACCCGUCUAUUGUUCCAAACUUUGGGCUCCAUCCCUGGUUUAUAACUGAGAGGACUCCUAAUUGGCUGAAAACCUUGAGAGGAUUUUUGGAGUCUACUCCUGCUGCUGCAGUUGGAGAGAUUGGUUUAGAUAAAGGUUCAUUUGGAAGGAAGAUUGAUUUCGCUGAUCAGGUGGAUGUCUGUCGACAGCAGCUUCAACUUGCCAAAGAGUUGGAAAGACCAGCAUCCAUACACUGUGUUCGUGCUUUCGGGGAUCUGCUUGAAUUAUUGAAAUCUGCGGGGCCUGUUCCUGCUGGUUUCAUCCUGCACUCUUACCUCGGCUCUGCCGAAAUGGUUCCUGAAUUUGCUAAGCUUGGUGCUUACUUCUCCUUCUCUGGGUUCCUUAUGUCCAUGAAGGAAAGCAAGGCGAAGAAAAUGUUAAAGUCAAUUCCUAAGGACAGGAUCUUGUUGGAGACAGAUGCACCAGAUGCUUUGCCAAAAUUGAGCAAUCUGGAUUCUCUGUAUUUGAUCGAGAAGGAAGCUUCAUCAGCUGAUGGAACAUCAAGUGGAGGAAUUAAUGAUGGAAAUCCAUCUGAGAAAUCACCGGAGGAGGACAAAGGCAAUGAACAACAGGCAGAAGAAAUCCAUAACCAUCCUGCAAACAUUCACCAUGUACUCUCCUAUGUUGCAUCACUACUUGAGCUGACAAAAGAAGAACUUGCUGAGAUAAGCUUUGCAAAUGCUUCUCGGCUAUUUUCUUAUGAAGGUUCAAAGGUACUGCAAGAGGUAUGAGGCAGGAACUGAAAAUUGUGUUAAUAAGCAGCACAGAUAAAAGCAUUGUUAGGCUUUUUACAAUUUGACACUUGGGCUAUCAGUACAUCAAACUCUUGGCUUAUACUGUACCUAUAGGCUCUUUUCCAGUUGAAGCUCCACAUAACAUAUAGCAUAAUCCUUCACUACUUUCUAAAAUAUUGUUCCAUGUCACUUUUUACCAAGGUUCAACAAUAUUUUGUUUUGAAUUUUAUCAUGAUUGUGAAUAUUGAUAAAUUAGAGUGUUAAUGUAAUUUUACCACUCGAUAGAG